CGUCAUAUCGGCUCUGUGACUCAUCCGGGUGUUGAUAUACAAUAUUAAACAAGAGUGUGUACGAUUUAAAACAUUGGGAAGGAAAUUUAAAAUUGUAACAUUGCCUAAUUUUAUAAAUUUUUUGUAUUUAUUUAUAUAGGUAAAAUAUGGCUAAUCCUAAAUAUGCUGAUUUGCCGGGCAUUGCUCAUGAUCAACCAGAUGUGUAUGAAACAAGUGAUUUACCUGAAGCCGAGCAAGGAAAUCUUUCUAUAUCAGAUGCUAUGGUGGAUCAAUGUGAUAGUGUUGAAACUCUUAAAGUUUCUCCAAAUGAGGCUUUUAACAAAUUUAAAGGAAAGUCUUUGGAUGGAAGAAAUGUUGAUUUCACUGAUGGUAUUGGUCAUGGAAGAAAAAUUGGUUAUGAUAUUAGGUCUGGAGACUGGGAAAUGAUUGGAGAUCAUUCCAAAGAAAAAGAAAACCCACUUCAAGCUUACAAUAGAAUCCAGUUUGAAGUGAAACAACUUUUUGAGCAAGUCAGUGAGAUGAAAGAAUCAUCUACAAAAGAAAAUAAAUCAUCUCAAGUGCCUCCAGUAGUUCUUGUGCAGCAGAUAGAGCAACUACAAAAAGAACUGCAAGAUUUACAUUUGGAAAAAGUAUUAGGCUCUGAAGCCUUAGAAGAAAUGUCAGAUCCAUUAGGAGCUUUGCAUAAAAAACUCCUGACACAAUUAGAAACUUUCAAAAAUGUACCAGUGACGGAUAAAAAACCUAAAGCUGCUACAACAACUCCUACUGAAGAAGCUGUUAAAUAUGAAUUGUAUGUGCGGCCUGAUCAGGCAAAAUUGGAACAGGCUUCUAAAGUGGCUAAUCUAGAACAACGCUUAAGAAAUUUAGAAAAUAUAAUUGGACCAGAUACAAAGAAAUUGUCGUUUCUGACAUCAAAUACUGAUGGAAAAAGCGUCAAUGCCGCUAUUAAUUUACUGUCCUCAAAAUUAAACCUGUUAGAGCCAAGUUACCUGGAUCAAGUAGAGAGUAGAUUUGCUGUCCUUCAUCAGUGCAUGCAACAAGUGUCUGAGAAAAAACAUCAGAUAGAAGAUGCUGAAAAGCAAAAUAAGAUUGCUGAACUCUAUGAACUUGCAAAGAAAGUAGACGAUCUAAGUACCAGUCUUCCUCAAGUAGUUGAAAGAUUGGUUUCUUUAAAAGAUCUCCAUGAACAAGCUCUUCAAUUUAGUAAAGCACUGACUCAAUUAGAUACAACUCAGCAGCAGAUAACUAGUGCUUUAAAGAAUAAUGAAAAAUUACUGAAAGAGGUACAAGGAACAUUUUUGAAGAAUUCUGAAAUGAUUGAAACCAAUAUUGCCAAUAUAAAUUCAAGAGUAGCAGCCUUGCAAUAACUAAAUUUCAUUUUAUUAAAAUCGAAGUUUUCAGCUCGCCCUGUGAUGGAUUUUACAUUUCUUUUAUUAUUUAAUAACUUGACAUAUUUUAUUGAAUAAAUUAAAUUAUAUCACUAGAAUUGGUUUUUGAACAAAUAAUUAAUAUGUUCUUUAUGCUUAGAUUAUAUGAAUAGAUUUAAAAAAUAUUACAUCAAGCAUGAAUAUUUAUAGGAUUUAACAUUCUUAUUUUGAAUUUUACAUACAAGAAUAUGAAUUAUUGGUUAUAAAUCAAAGGAAAUGCUAAUUCAUUAAUGCAUGAGAAAUUAUGUAAAUUUGUAAAUAUUUUGCCGUACUAUUUAUGAAUGAAAAUUUCUAUUAAUAGCAGGUUAAAACAAUAUAUAGAAAUAUGAGUGCCUCUAGAUUUUUUUUAUUUGCACUAAGAGUGUAGGCCUACUUUUGAUAUUUUUAACAAAGCUCCUUUCAUAUCCUUGAAUAUAACGUUAACAAGCCGAACUUUUGCACACCAAUGACAGCUAUUUUUUGAAAACAUUUAAAGAAUUGCUUUUAUAGAAUUAAUAUCCAGAUUUUGUAGAUUACAUAUUAUCUGCAACUGUUUGUAGAAAGUUUGUUCAAUUAUAAUAAGUGAAUAAAGCAAUUUUUUCUGAA